UAAACAUCACUGUUGCGUUCGCGCAGACUCUUUGAGCGCUCGCAUUCUAUCGCUAACUCCGCGCCGGCGCGGCGUCUACCUACAAACUGCUUAACAAAUCGUGAAAUGAACAUGGUAUUGUAAAAAUAAAAAGUGAAUUAGUAAAUUGAACUUUGAUAGUUAUUUGACAACGAAAUGGCUAUUUUAACUUUUGAAAAGUUUACGGGGGUAGUUCCCGUGCGGUUUAACGUAUGGGUAAUGCUGUUCACGAGCUGCUGGGUAGCUUACAUGCUGAGGGUCAACAUGAGUCUCAACAUCAUCGCAAUGGUGCCACAAGUCGAGAGCAAUACCACGUCACAUUCUCAGUGUAACGCUAAAGAUGAUCCAAUAAGGAACGAAACUUUAAGGCACGCUGACAUUGCCGACGUUAGGCAGGCUCCGAGACAGACACCUGGCGCCGGGUCUUUCGACUGGAGCCCUGAGCAACAAGCCCUGAUCCUCGGUUCGUACUUCUGGUGCUACCCCGUGACGUCAUUAGUGGGCGGCAUGGCGGCAGAGCGCUGGGGCCCGCGCUACGUCGUGCUGACAACGUCACUGCUGAGCGGACUGUUGACCAUUUUAAGUCCCGCUGCGGCCCGCCUGCAUUAUGUCGCUAUUGUCGUCGUGCGGUUUUUACUCGGCAUUGCUGGCGGAUUCAUCUACCCGGCGCUCCACGCUUUAAUCGCAAGAUGGGCGCCACCAACAGAAAAGGGAAAAUUCGUCAGCGCAAUGAUGGGAGGAACCAUGGGUACUGUGAUGACUUGGUCUGUCACUGGUCCUUUAGUGGAGAAAUUCGGAUGGGCCUCAGCUUUCUACGUACCAGGCGCGUUGACUUUGAUCUGGUGUGCAGCGUGGUGGUACAUUGUAGCCGAUUCGCCGGCAGAACAUCCAAGAAUCAGUGAUAAAGAAAGAAAGUACAUUCAGGAUGCUCUGGGAGACAAAGUCAAGAAAUCAAAGGGUCUCCCGCCGUUCAAGAGCAUUGUGACAUCAUUUCCUUUCCUGGCCAUGGUGAUAUUGCACUACGGAAAUCUUUGGGGCUUGUACUUUAUAAUGACAGUGGGGCCAAAGUUCGUGUCAAGCGUACUAGGCUUCCAGCUCUCAGCCGCCGGUGUCAUAUCAGCUCUGCCGUAUUUGGCCAGAUUAUUCCUAUCUGCGAUAUUUGGAGUGCUAGGGGACUGUAUUUUGGCGAGAAAUCUUAUGACGACGACACACAUUAGGAAAUUCUUUUGUUUGUUCUCGCAUAUAAUCCCUGGGCUGUUGUUGAUAUUGCUGGUGUACGCGGGAUGCUCGACGGCAUUGUCCGUUGCCUUGAUUACUCUGUCGAUGGGGGCCAACGGCGCCGCAACGCUCACCAACCUACAGAACCACCAGGACCUCGCACCGAAUUACGCCGGGAGCUUGUAUGGCAUUGCCAAUGCCAUUGGAAGCACUGCCGGGUUCUUCACCCCGAUGAUUACAGCCUACUUUACAAGGAAUGGGAAUGGCUUUGAGCAGUGGCGGCCAAUAUUUUUCGUCGGAGCCUCGGUAUACAUAGUGUCAGCCAUCUUCUUUAUAUUCUUUGGAACUGGAGAGACUCAGGACUGGAACUUUCCUAAAGAGAAGGAGGAGGAGUCAGAUGGCAAAUCAAAGAAGAUCGAUCUCAAAGAUGCGAAAGACACUCCACUUAGUGUAAUUAGUUCUUAGUAAUAUUUAGAACAAAAUGUUUAUUUAAUUUAGCUUUAUUUAUAGGACCUUUAACUAUGAUAAUGGUAUGAUCUGAGUAUAAACCGAUUUCAAGAAUCGACUUUAAUCAUAAGGUUAGGUAUCAGUUAGUAGAGGAAUGUUUCAUUUAUGAUGCCUUUGAAUCUUAAAGAAGUUCAGCCAUAAUUUGCCAUUUGACCUGUUUUCACCAAAAGUGGAUAACUAUGGAAUUUGUUCGAUUUUUUCCUACUAAAGUAGCUGAACCCAUUGUUAUAUUUAUUUUUCGAAAAAUAGAAUUACAAUUAUUUUUUAUUUGAUUUGUGUCUAUAACUCAGUUUAAGAAGAUUAGCAGCAUUUAUAAACAAGUAAAAUACAAAUUAUGCAUAUUACCUGUAGUCUGUAUUUAGAUUUAGAAUUGUCUUUGACUUAGGUACCUGUAGAAGUUUAUAAAAGAUUGGAAUGUAUAAAUGAUGUAUAAAUGUUGAUAGUAUUUGACAAAAUAAUAAUUUAUUCAUAUACGAGUAUAAAAUUUAACAGACUGUGAUUGUAUUUAUUUUAUAAUUUACCAAAUCGUGACCAAAUGGAAUGUGAUGUAGUUUUAAGUUUAUUUAGUACCGAUUGGUCAUUCCCGUGACUCGUGGCUCAAAUCUCAGCACUAAUUCUAGGCAACUGCCAAAUUAUCUACACCUUUCUCAAAAAAUCUAAUGGACAAUAGAAAAAAAAACUGUUGCAAGUUAUUUUUAGGUAGAGAAUCUCUGUAAUGUAAAAUUGUUGUAAAAUCUUAAUAAACUUUUGUAUCGAUGUAAGAUAACGAGGGCCGGUGCAGAUGCUGAGAAUUAAGCCCCUGUUUAGAUUAUUGUAAGUAACCCAGCGAAUAUAAAAAAAAAGCUGUGGCAGCCACAGCAUUUUUUUUAACCAUACCUAUUUUUCUGUCUAGUGUGAUCAUUUAUAUUAAGCAAAUUACUGUAAGAGCUUGACAUUUCUCUAUUAUCGUAUUCUUAGACUACAAACGGGGUGAAAUGUUUUAGGCGAUACAAGAUUUAUGAACGCGACUGUACAGAUUUCUAUCAUCAUUUAUUUGUUACAAAAGCAACCAUGAAAUCUCCAAAAAACAUUACGUUUUCUACAGUUCAAUUCGAUACCAUGUAUGGAGACUAGGAUAUUUGUAAUGUGAUUUUAGAGUUACUGCAAUAGUACCUAAAAGUUGAUUAUAGAAAUGAGUACAAAUCUUGUAUCACCUAUAAAAUGUCACCCAAUAAGUAUUAUUCGUUCCGAUUUGAUUUAAGUAGUUCAAUGCUAUAUACGAAAUAUUUUACAGCAAUAGCAAUAGGUAUUUACGUUAUUGUUAAAGCUGAUACACAUGCGAUUGCACAUAUAUCAAUAUAUGUGGACGAUUUACAGUUCAAUACAAGACACGUGUAUGCCAUCGGCACGUCUGAUGUAUUUAUAUUCCAUUGUUGCGGAUAUUACCUAAGAUAUUACGUUAUGUGACGUUAACAUCUGCUGUGUUGACCGUUUGUGACCCAAUUUAGUCAAAAUUUAAUGUGACUUACUCGUAAAAUAAUUGGAAGUAACGUAAAAUAUAUGUAUGUACUUUUUUUUAAAAUAAAUGCGGAAAUAUGAUCGGUAUUAAUAAGCUUUUUUAUCUGUUUUAUCUCUAUUGAUGAAAAUUGAAAUUUGAAUAAACUCGAUAUGACAAGU